AGGAUUUAUUGGAGGCUGGAUAAAACAGCAAAUGAUGUCUACGCGACAACAGUAACUUGUGUCUAUCUACUGUGUAUUGCAUUGUACUUUACGGGCUUGAGGGUGUGCAAAAGGUGAAAAAAGGGUAGAGCGAGAGUCACCAUCGCACCCAACUUUGAGAAGAAAUAUCUCCGUCUUAUCGCAGCGCCCUAGAACCUGAUGAUUACCUUCAACAUCAUACCGACUCAUACCGACCCUACGUAAUUCGCAUCUGUCACCGCAACCGCGCUUCCUUUCAUGAUUCCUAGCACCAGGUUCGCGUGCAACAUUUCGAAGUUGCAUGAACAAAGAAAACCAUGGAGGAAGUAACCAAACAUAUUGAAACACUAGUUAAAGACGUUCUCCCUUUCAAAGCACACUACUUGUCACUAGACACGACGCGCCGGUACCGACCACACGCGGAUGACAAGAGAUUAGAAGAGCAGGAUAUCAGACCCCUUCAAUACACAACUUUCGUUAGUGACGCAGAGCGUGGUGUUCUUCUGACUAGGGCCUACUUUGAUGUGCGGGAAGAACCUUUAAAUUCAGUCAGCGCGGCCGACACCCCAACACCUCGAAGAGCUGAUCCCAGCAAACCAAAAACGAAACUCUCCCUAAAAGACUACAAGAAUAGGAAAAGGUCACCCGACGGCGAAGAAACGCCUAAAUCAGUAGCGCAACCCUCGAAGACGAAUGCGCCUCCAAAGAAAAAACUCGAUCCAACUACGAAAGAGGCGGAGGAUCACCGUGUUAUUAAGAAAGAAAUUCCCGACGCAAAACCUAGCAUGAGGCCUGAGACGCGUCGCCCUCGCAGUCCCUCGCUGGAUAGGAAAAGACGGGUCAUAGAGGCUGAGCAGGAGUCCAAGUCAGCUAAGCGGAGCAAGAUUGAGAGCUCCACGCCUAACUCUAUAAGCUCACGUUCCCUUAAGGAUAGCGCUGCUCAGAAGCCCGAGCGGCAGGUAGCGUCUGAGAGGAAGCUUCUUAGAGAUUUAAAAGGCACACCGACCACCAACGGAAAACCGUCACUCAACAGCACAGGGAAUAAAGGUGUAUCUCCCAGGCCUCCCAGCCAAGUGAAUGGUACUCAAAAACUUAUUAAGAACAAAGACGGACCAGAUAAGAAAUUAGAAAACAACUCGACCUCUAAGGUGCCUUACGUACCCCCCUUAUUAUCUCCGAUUGAUAUAUUAGACUACAUGGACGAUUCUAAGCCGUCGCGGCCUAGCCCUAAGAAGAAGCCGGCGGAUUCGAACAGCCUAAAACCGCCGUCGAAGAAAAGUCGAGAAGAUCGUGAGCCGUCUCCUAGCCCUAAGAAGCGAAAGGUUCCGCCCCUUCUUUCUCCGACACUCCCGCCCAUUGUGCUCGAAGAAUUAGCGAGAACAAAGUCAGCUUCAAAAGACUCGAGUCAAAGAAGUAGCCAGGUCGCCUCCGAUUCUCCUAAUGGUCAGAAAAAGGCUGCGAAACCUUCGAGGCGCGAAGAUACUAUACAUGUGGAUAGCGGCAAAGGGCAACGGGAGUCGCUCAUAGUCACAUUGAAGUAUAAGAAGCGAAAUGCAAAGACGAUAGAACGGCUCUUAAACUUACCUCCCGGCGGCAGGAAGAAGAGCAAUUUAUUAGUGGAGGGUGGUCGCGUCGCUCGCGAUCGUUCCGAUAGCUUGGAACCCGGGACUGCACGUAAGCGACCCGUGGCGGAUCCCCCUAGCGAAGCGAUCAAACGGCCAAAAGUCGUAGAGAAUCCACGACCUUCUACACCACCGGGACCAUCGUCGCGAAUGACACGAGGCGCAUCCAGUAGUUCCCAAGUUGGUACCCCAGGAGUUACAAACGGUCUUACGCCAGCCGCGCAGCCACCCGAUCGACGCCGUCCACCUGUCGACCCAGAGAAGCUACAGAGGCUGCACUCGAGAGCCGUGAAUUUCAUCAAGCUUGGCACCCAGCUGAAGCACGAACGAGAUGCGGUCUUGAAGAACCCAGCGGAUGGAGUUUCGGAACGCGAACGUCAAGUUGCUAUCGCCGCUGGCAUUCAAUGUGUAGUGUCGUUUCUCCUUGGUUUCAAACUUCAAAGUGACGCCUCCGACCUCGAGCGUAAACGAGCUUCAACCCGGUCAAUGCGAGAAUUAUUAUUAUUGUUCCGAGUAGCCAGAACCGACUGCGCAAGACACAAUGCAUUGACCGCGUUAAUACUGCGGCUCCAAGGCAUCUGUCUCGUGUACAUUGGUCGCAUAAUGUGGUCGUACCCUAAUGAUUCUGAGCUUGCAAGCCAGAUCGUCGCAAACUGCAAGGAGCAGCAAGACAUCUGGCACCAGGCUGAUGGCGCACGCAGAAGUAUGGGGGUAUACGAUGGAAGUUCCAAGUCGGACGAUGGGGGUUCGAUAGGCAAGCUCAUAGACCGACUUGGACCAUGGACGAUACCCGAGGAAGCUAUACCGAUCACUCUCGAUGUCUUGCGCAAAGUCAUGCAGGCUAACGGCCCAUGGAAACCAGCCGAGUCCCUAACCAAAUUGGGACAUUCCACAAUAAACGGGAUUUCCAGCUAAAACUAGAACCAAUAUUGAGGUUACCAAAGAGAU